CUUCAUUCAUUUUUAAUAUUUAUAAUUAAAUAAGUUUCCAAUAUUCUCUCCUGUUCUAUUGUAUAUAUUUGUUCUUUUAUGCGACGCUGUUUGUUUUUCUUUUGCUUUCAAGCCGAACACGAUUCCACUCUCUGAUUGGCCGAGCGGCUUGUCAAUCUUUGACGUAGCGGCCAAUGGCAGGAGCCGACAGGCGAUACAAACUAGCAGCCGCCAUGUUGUGUCUCCGGGGGCCUCGAGGGACGUCCGGUAGUAAACAGUAGAUGACGGUACCGCCUGUUCGGCAGCUCUCAGGAACGGGACCGCAGCUGGAAGCUAUGAGUCGUCCAUCUUCAGCCGGAGGUGGGGGACUCGGGGCCGGGAAAGCAGGCGGAGGGAAGCACGGGGGAGCGGCAGGCGCCUCUGUUGCCGCAGCGGCCGCCGGCGUGAGCUCCGUGGCCGGGUCGGGGUCUGCUCCCCCUUCCUCCACCGUGUCCAUGCCGGCUACCGGCCUCGUCGGACAAUCCUCGGAGCUCACGGCGCUAUUCGAGUGCCCGGUAUGCUUCGACUACGUCCUGCCGCCUAUCCUGCAGUGCCAGGCGGGUCACCUGGUCUGUAACCAGUGUCGUCAGAAGCUGAGCUGCUGCCCGACCUGCCGAGGCCCGCUCACCCCGAGCAUCCGGAACCUGGCCAUGGAGAAGGUGGCCUCCACACUGCCGUUCCCCUGCAAGUAUUCGUCAGCCGGCUGCCCGCUGUCUCUUCACCACAGCGAGAAGCCCGAUCACGAGGAGGUGUGCGAGUUCAGGCCGUACACCUGCCCGUGCCCAGGAGCCACCUGCAAGUGGCAUGGCUCACUGGAGGCCGUCAUGCCUCACCUCAUGCACGCUCACAAGUCCAUCACCACGCUGCAGGGGGAGGACAUCGUUUUCCUGGCGACGGACAUCAAUCUGCCGGGCGCCGUCGACUGGGUGAUGAUGCAGUCAUGUUUCAGCCACCACUUCAUGCUGGUGCUGGAGAAGCAGGAGAAGUAUGAAGGUCACCAGCAGUUCUUUGCUGUCGUGCUGCUCAUCGGCACCCGUAAGCAGGCCGAAAACUUCGCUUAUCGCCUGGAGCUAAACGGCAACCGGCGCCGGCUCACCUGGGAGGCCACGCCGCGCUCCAUCCACGAUGGCGUGGCCGCCGCCAUCAUGAACAGUGACUGCCUGGUCUUCGACACCUCCAUCGCCCAUCUGUUCGCUGACAAUGGUAACCUGGGGAUCAACGUCACCAUCUCCAUGUGCUGACGGAGCCGAGGGGAGCCUCCUGCCGAGGGAGGAGUUAAGGAGGUGCAGAGUGCACCUGCUGACAGCCUCAGUUGGAGUCGUUCGAGGAGUCGGCUCAAACAGUCAGCAGCAGCCCUUUGACCUCUGUGGUCAGCUAACGAUGGACGUGGGGCAGAAUGUCCUUUGGUUACCUGUCUGGAAACGAGGGCGUCACCUGGAGCCUCCAACACUCUGCUCGAUGGAGGAACGGUCGGAUCUGCUGGUUCGACCGCAGCCAGGACGUCUGGCCUGGUUAGAGAUUAAACUCCCGAGGACUCGGUCCUCAUUGGUGGAAGCAAACACUUCUCUCUGCCGAAGCGGCUCCCUCUUCCUGCGUCGGGUUAAUCGGCUUCCUGUCAGGCCGGCGUGUUCACAAUAUUCUGCUCUGCAGUUCUGGUGCUAUCAGACUGAGUUUACGUUCUUCACCAGCAGAGGCCAAAUACACCACGACUGUUACGACAUUCACAGUUAAUGGUUCAGGAAACGCUCUGAUAACGUUCACGUCUGAUUAGUUUACAGAGAGAUUCUGAACAUGCAGAGUUCAGCCGUGGCUUCUUUAUUGGUUAAUGUGCAGAUUAUUUAUUGUUUUGGCUUUUUUCUUGAAAGGAAGUGGAGAAUGUAAAGAUAUUUGCUUUAGUAUCACAUAACAAAGAAAUCAUCCAGUGAUUAUAGGACAGAGCGGAAAAUGAGUCGAACCCAAAAAUAUUCAGGAAAUAUUAUUCAAGGUGAAUUUGACUUAUUUCAAUAAUCUCUGUGCACUGAAGGAGUUGGUGAAAACUAUCUACAUGUCCAUAGAGGUGAGGCAUGUGAACAUGUUUAUUUCUGCUGUAACGUUUUAGUAUGAAAGAGGAUAAAUGUCCUUUUAAGACUGGAAUUUAAAGCAAAAUGAGGAAUUAGACACUUUUAAUCCGAGGAAAAUGUUUGUCUGAUUCGUUAGUUUUCUUUGUCACGUGUCAGUAAAUUAAAAACUCUCAUUCUCA